AUGCUGUGGAAACUAGCAGAUAACGUGAAGUACGAGGAUGACUGUGAGGAAAGGCACGACGGGAGUAGCAAUGGGAACCCCCGGUUACCUCACCUCCCCGCAGUGAGCCAGCACAUUUACAGCCCGUCACCGUCCCUCUCCCACUCCGCCAACUCAGACUUCCAACCCCCGUACUUCCCGCCUCCAUACCAGCCUAUAUCAUACCCCCAGUCUAGUGACCCCUACUCACACCUCGGCGACCCUUUCAACAUCAACUCCAUACACCAGUCGUCCUCUAACCAACAGCAGUCAUGGCCGGGGCGACAUGGUCAAGAAGGACUGGGACCUCAUUCGCGAAGCGGACUCGCGAGCCAGAUUCUGGGCCUGGACGGCGGCUCGUCCGGCUUGAGGAGAGAAGGCUUCCGUCGGCCAGAGCUGUUACCGCCUCACGCCCAUAGCAUUGAGUCAACCAUCAUUGGUGAUAACAUAGGACUGCAUGAAAUGGGCCAUGGCCUGGAUGAUGUUCAACAUGUAGAUGACCACAGUAUUAUAAUGGCAGAUCAGACAGUCAUCAAAAAAGGCCCCGUGUCCCUCCCCAAGGGCAACUCAUUGGGCCUGCCCUUCCAGAAGGAGUCCCUGUUAGGCAUGGUGUCCAACCCCACCGAGGUGUUCUGCUCAGUGCCUGGACGUCUCUCGCUUCUCAGCUCCACCUCCAAGUACAAGGUGACUGUGGCAGAGGUGCAGCGGCGUCUGUCUCCUCCCGAAUGCCUCAACGCCUCUUUGCUGGGGGGAGUCCUACGUAGAGCCAAGUCUAAAAAUGGUGGCCGGUCAUUGAGAGAGAAGCUGGACAAGAUUGGGCUCAACCUGCCCGCUGGAAGGAGAAAGGCUGCUAAUGUCACCCUGUUAACUGCACUGGUAGAAGGAGAAGCCGUUCACUUAGCAAGGGAUUUUGGCUACUCGUGUGAGACAGAGUUCCCGGCAAAGGCCAUCGCUGAAUACCUUGGUCGACCACACGUGGAACGUAAUGAGGUCAACUCCCGCAAGAACAUGCUCCUUGCUGCUAAGCAAAUCUGUAAAGAGUUCACCGAUCUGCUGACUCAGGACCGUUCGCCUCUGGGGAACACGCGGCCGGCGCCCAUCCUGGAUCAGGGCAUCCAGGGCUGCCUGACCCACUUCAGCCUCAUCACCCACGGCUUCGGCUCGCCAGCCAUCUGCGCCGCCAUGACCUCCCUCCAGAACUACCUGAAUGAGGCCCUCAAACAGGUGGACAAAAUGUACCUGAGCUCGGGCAGCGACACGCAGGGCUCCUCCGACAACGGUAGCAAAGCCUCUGACAAAAUGGAGAAGCACAGGAAAUGA